UCUGAGAGAACAUUUUCUAUCAACAGAAACAGAAGUAUUGAAAUGAAGUUAUGCAUGAUAUAGGUUGCCUUGGGGAAAAUAAGUACUGUAGGAGCAAAAGAAUGGUGGGAAAAAAUUGCCAUACUGCCGAGUAUAGUAAAGUUAGAUGUUUUUAGUAAUUUAACAAUUGAUAAUGUAGUUAUGUAAAGUGAAUUACACAAGAUAAAAUUAUUUGGAAAGCUAAUUAUGUGGCAUAUCAACUUAUCUAGUUCACAAAUUCUCAGAGAAUACUAUGUGAUAGCAACCUGAUUACUCCAGCAGGCAAUUUCCCCCAACACCACACAUUUAAGCAAAAGUAGUAGAGAAGAAUCUGAAUUAUGCAUACUGCUUAUCCUCAACUCAACAUGUAUUCGCAAAUGGAAAACAGAAAAGGAAAAUGGCAAAUGCGCUAGCAAUAGGUGUGCCAGAAUCACUCACAAAGCUACUGCCUUCCCAAAUUUACUACAACUCAAUUCUUGACUUGCUUCUAUCUCUGCCCUCUUUUUGUAGCUAUGUUUCAUUCCAUCCAAACGUUGUCCAUUCUCCAUGUGUGUGGUUCCUGAGCAAGAGCAAUUGCAUGUGUCAACUCAGCAGAAGAGAUAUGUUUCCUCUUGUAUACCUUCUUAAUCGGAGGUAUAGGAACCUCAUUGAAAGAGCUUUGAGAGCAAGGCUUGUCUAUGGGACCCCUAACAUGAAUCGAGCUGUUAGCUUUGAGUACAUGAAUCGCCAGUUAGUAUGGAAUGAAUUUUCGGAAAUGUUGUUGUUACUUCUCCCUCUUCUUAACUCUUCAACCUUUAAAAACAUAUUCCACCCAUUGUCAAAGGAUAAAUCUUCAAGCUCUAUAGAAGAUGACACCCGUUGUCCGAUUUGCCAAGCAAAUCCGACCACUCCAUUUCUUGCCCUUCCUUACCAACACAGGUACUGUUAUUACUGCCUUAGAAUGCGUUGUGCUGCAGCUGCAUCAUUUCGGUGUUCCAGAUGCAGCGAGCAAGUAAUUGCAAUGCAGCGAUGUGGUGUAGUUGAUCAUAAAGUUCCAAGUCAAUGAUGCUUGUAUAGGAAGUAGAAGAAAGAAAGGUCAUAUAAACUUAGAGUACUUUAUAAAAAAAAGCCUGUUUAUGGCAAACAAGUUUACUGGGGAAAUUACAACCUCAGUUCAAAAUAUUUUUCCCCUAUUUGUUGGGAAUUGAGGGGAGGGGCGCUUUCUAACACUUGUCUCUUAAUUGUAAGAAGUUUACUCAUAAGGGAUGUAAAUCCCAUUUUUUUUUUUGUGUUAGAAAUUGUGCUUAGUAUUGAACAAGGUUAGAUUUGAGUCGAGUCGAGUCUGAACAAGGUGAAGCUCAUUUUCGACUUGUUUUCAAGUGGGCUUAGUUCGUUUUUGGCUCAGGCUUGUCAAGCAUGAAGAAACACUAGUUUGUGUUCAACUUACUUGGCGAUUUAAGAGUUCGUGAUCAGUUUGCACCUAACUCGAGUUUGUGUGGAUGAAUUGAACUUGGCUCGAGUCCACAUGAGAUGUUUCACUCAGCUCCCUCAAAUGAUGUCAUUCUUUUUAACUUUUUUUUUUUAAUGAUGCAAGUUGUGUUUGGCUUGUGAGUCAAGCAUGACCUUUGUUUGGAUUCAGGUUUGUUUUUCUUAUUAUUCUUCAACUCGUAUUUGAGUUCGUGUUCA